AUCAGCCUUGGCUACAACAUUGGGUGCAAACACUCGAAAACCAUGGCUCGCAGCAGUCUUGGAGCAAGAGCUGAGUCACUCAGGGUGCAAUUCUUUGUGGGUGCCUUUCAUGGGUACGCACAUAAUUGCAGGUGCCAGCUCGGUUUCCAUCCUCAGUUCCUGGCCACCACAGGUCUCAAGGAUUUUGAAACAAACAAGCAGAUUUCCUUGAAACAAAAUCUCACCAUCCACUUGUUUCAACAUGGCUCUGCAUACCACAGGCACAUGUGCUUGCAUUUUUUCUGGUCUAGGUGGGAUGAGGGCUGA